CGGCACCAGCGGAGGCGAUGCGAGGGAGGUAGUGCGCGGCGUCCGGGCCCACCAUGCUGAACGCGCUCGCCCCGCCAGCCCUCCCCGGGCUCUCAGCUCAGCUGCCCGCGGCCCCCGCGCGGCGCCAGGACUCCUCCAGUUCGUCAGGCUCCUACCACACAGCUCCGGGUUCUCCAGAGCCCCCAGACAUUGGGCCGGUCGUAGAGGGCCGGGCGAAUUGGCCCCGGGUGGCCUCUGUGCUGGGGGCGGGCGCACAGCCUUGCCUGUCCGUCAGCGCCCAGAAUAGCCGCCAGCAGCUCCGGCCCGGCUCGGGUUUCCCGCGAGGCCCGGGCUCGCGCCCACCCCAGCCCCAGCUGCGCAUGCUGCCGUCGGGGGAGAUGGAAGUCAUCUUCGGCGCCGGGGCCCUGUUCAGCCCCUCGGACUCGGCGGAUAGUGAGGUGCAACAGGUCACCGCGAGGACUUUCCGUAGCUUCUCUCCGCCUCGGCCCGCGUCUCCCGCCCCCGCCGCAUCGCAGCCCCAGGCCACAGACGGUGGCUCCCGCUGGGCCACUUACCUGGAGCUGCGGCCCGGUGGUCCGAGUCCAGCGCAGUUCGAGUGUGUGGAGGUGGCACUGGAGGAGCGUGCCGCGCCCGCCAGGCCUCGGACGGUGCCCAAGCGUCAGAUCCAGUUGCGCCCCCGGCACCGGAGUCCCCCACGGGAGGCCGGCGCGCCGCGCCCCCGACUGCUCCUGCGCACCGGCUCCCUGGAUGAGUCUCUGGGCCGCCUGCAGGCCGCCGCAGGCCUCGUGCAGACCGCACUGGCCAGAAAACUGAGCCCCGCGGCCCCUGCCCCAAGCAGCGUCACCUCGGAGCUCACGGAGCGGCCAGAGCCUGAGACCCGGAAAACAGCUCUCAGUACCCGAAUGAUCCAGGAAGAUACCCGGUCUCGGCCACCUCGCGUGCAUUAUAGUUCAGCCCCCGCUAGGGCCCCACGACCGUGGCCCAGCCUCCGCGAACGCGCGAUUCGGCGCGACAAGCCCGCGCCCGGGACUGAGCCGCUGGGUCCGGUUAGUUCCAGCAUCUUCCUGCAGUCAGGGGAGAAGACCCAGGAGACGCACAAUAAGGAUCUCAAGACUAGGUUCCCAAGAGAAACUCCGGGUCAAACCGUCCUGAGGCCACAGAGUCCGCCUUUCGAGUCCAGGGACUCCUGGGAAGCUCUGAGUAAGGCCGUGAAGCCAAGGAACCCGUCCCCGCCGGGGCAAGCUCCAAAUGGGACAGUACGAGGUUUUCACUGCCCGUCCGCCCAGAACCUGUCCCUGUGGAAUCGGGCUAUUCCAAGGGUGAGUAGCCCGUCCUUCCCCGAGGUAUCCUCCGCAUGGGAAAAUCAGGAGCCCAUCGUCGAGGAAUCUGUCAGCAGAAGAAGCCCUUCCCCUCCGACCCUUUCCCAGUGGAAUCUGGGUAUUGCCAAGGCAAAAAGCCCAUCCCCCGAAGCUCCUUCCCAGUGGGAGGUUCCGCAUCCGGUAGUCGGGGAUACAAUACAGGGGAGUAGGAGCCCAUCACCUCUGGCCUUGUCCUCUUGGGAGGCUCCAAAUCGUCCUAUUGAGACGUGGAGCCCAUCGCCCCAAGAGACGUGGGAUCCCACAGUACCGGGCUCAUCGAUAGUCUCUACGCGGGAAGCUCUGAAUGGUCUAGGCCAGGAGAAGCUGGUGCCGCCCACGCCACCUGCACCCCGGAAUCCAGAGCUAACCGAGGCGCAGGGUCGGUCUACGAGAGAGAUGCCGGAUCUUACCUUCCGAGGCAGUCAGCCGUCGCCAGAUGUGGUUGCACCUGAGCUGCCCCUCAGUCGCCUCGUGGGCCCGGUGGAUGCCAGUGCGCUCCCGGAAGCUUUGGGCCCUGGAGAAGCGGCCUCCGGACGCCUGCGCGUGGCUAUUCCGCGGCCCCGCGACGUGCGCAAGAUGGUGAAGACCACCUACGCGCCGAGCUUCCCUGCGGGAACCCCAGGCUCAGGGCCUGCGCCUCUUGAGGACCCCCGCCGGGAGGAGGGCGGUGCAUCUGAGACGCUAGAGCUCCAGGCGCUGGGGACCCCCGCCCCGGCUCACUACACCUCCGUUUAUCUCAAGGACUUUCUGCCCGUCGUGUCGCACCCCUACGAGCCCCCAGAGCCGUCCCCUAAAACAGUCCCCCGGGACGCUUCGCAGCCCAACGGGGUCCUGCGGCGGAGGGCCGAGAACAGCACGGCGAAACCCUUCGCGCGCACUGAGAUCCGCCUGCCUGGUGCCCUGGCCUUGGGCCGCCAGCCGGAGGGAAUCCGACGAGUCCUGGUGCGCGGUCCUGGAGGAGAGAACAGGGUUGCGGAGCCCCAGCGCCUUGUCCCCGACGGCGAGGGUCGGACCAGCCCUCUAGGCGGCGCUCGCACUUUACCCCAGCUGUCGCCCAUAGGGCCAGCAGGGGCCCAACCACCCGGAUCAUCCCGCCCCAGCUCCCCUCAGGAACACCCUAGCUUGAGUCCUGGGAUAGCACCCAAGUUGGAGACGCCCCCAUCGGCCCCCGAGCCUGCGACUGCAGUCCAGUCUCCUCUCCCGCGGGAGUCCCAGGCGUUGGCGAGCAGAACCGCCCCGCCCCAGCCCCGCGCUGCUUCAGCGCCUCCUAUGGACCGGUCCGCGGAAGGCCCCUCCCAGGGGGUGCGCAGGCCGCCCGGGGCCGCGCACCCGGGGAAGGUCCUGGUGGACCCCGAGAGCGGCCGCUACUACUUUGUGGAAGCGCCGCGGCAGCCUCGGCUAAGGCUGCUCUUCGACCCCGAGAGCGGGCAGUACGUGGAGGUGCUGCUGCCGCCCUCGCCCCUGGGGCCACCCCGACGUGUCUAUACCUCGCUGGCCUUGGGCCCCAGCCUCUUCCCGCCCUCCUAUGGGCCUAUCCCUGGCCUCUCACUGCCUCCAUCCCCGGGCCCUCCGGCCUUCAGCGGCACCCAGCUACCCUGGGCCUCUGAGGCAGGGCCCGUGGACGGGAUGUAUUACUUGCCUGUGAGUGGGACCCCCAGUCCCGCACCUCCUCUGCUCCUCUGUGCUCCACCCACAAGCUCGGGUCCUACCCAGCCCUGCAAGAGCUCCUUGUUCCCUGUGUGAGGCCUCAGGGCCUGAUCCCCAUAAUGUUGGGGCCUGUUAAUGGCCUUGAAGGUUCUGGCAUCCAGUCCCCUGCCCUUCUUUCCUUCUGUCACCUUUUACUUUUACCCAUCUUAUCCAGUCUUCAGAACGGAAGUUACCUUAAGAGAAUGUAUCAGAGAACCCCAGGGCUGAUGGAGCUGGAGCUCAGGAAGUGGCUGCGUACUUCCUUCCCCAAGAAAAUUGUAUACCCCUUUCCCAAGCAUUCCCAGGGCGAAGUGUGGUGUGUUUGUCUGUGUAUGUGUCUGUGUGUGUGUAUGUAAAAGUGAGAUGUCUCAGGACUUUCCCCAGGAGCUGACCUGAGGGGGUGUUGGGGCAGCAGAAAUUGGGAGCAGCAGGGGAUAGGUCUCCCCUCAGGUAGUGAGUUGUCUGUCCCUCCCUGAAGGUGGGCCCAGCUGAGGUGGAGCAGGCUAGUGAGCGCCAAGCGCCAGCAGGAUGGCGGGAGAAGGACUCUGGCUAUCAAAUCUGUUAUUCUUUAGAAGAGGAUCUGAACCUUGACCUGGGAGGCUGUGGGGGGAAGUGGCUAGUGCAGCCAGGCCGGGCUGAGUCUGAGAAGGAUCUGUAGGGAGAGCAGGUGGAGAUGGAGCAGGGAAGUAACAUGGGAGAGGCUGUGGAGAGUCAGCCUGGGGUUUGUGGUGGGAGUGCUGGGGGGAGGUGGCUAUAGUCCUCAGCCAGGAGCUUCACCCAUUCUUCUCCCCUUAACCUCAGCCUCUGACUUGGCUUCUCGAAGUCCUCAGAGCUGAGCUGGCUCAUCCUGGGACCAGGAGUGGGGGCUUCAGCCAUUCCCACCCAUUGUGGGGGGCAGAUGAAGUGAGACCUCAGGAAGGACUCAUGAGCAGGGGAAAUUGAGCUGUUGUCCCAGAGGAGACUCUUGACCCCUUUGGGUGGGGUGAAGGGUGGGUCUGGGCUGGCAAUAGAAAGGAUGCCCCUGUGUGGGGCAAGCCAGAGAGACUUGGAGCCCUCAGCUGACUCCACUCCCCUAGUAACAGAUGUGGCAACCAUGCCAAGAGGUGCUGGUUCUGCAGGCUGGUCACAGCAUAGGAAAGGACAAGACCCAGAGCCUGUGUUCCAGUUGCCCUGAGAUUCCAGGAGCUUCUGAGGGCAGAGGGAGAUGCAUGGGGUGGGAGGUAUUCUGCCUGUGAGUCUGUAGUUCUGAGCUUGAAGUGUCUAGGCCUUGCUGGACAGAUAUGUGAUAUGAUGAGUUUGGGGAAGAAGAAGCAGUGUUAGGGAUGGAGAUUGAUGCCUUCCUUAAGUUCCAGGCCCCUGGGAGGCCCUGGGGGCCCAGGUCCCUUCGAGUUCUUUUCCCACUGUCUUCAACCGGAAGAUAACUGGAAGAACAAUGAAUUAGAAAAAUCUGGACAUCUUCUCGUGUGAUCUGCUAACAUUGAGGGCCCUAGGCCACUCCUGGGCCCCUCACCUCAUCCUGGUAUGCAAUAAAUCACUGCCCUAAUGAGCUAUG